GGUUUUUUCCAAGUAAACACAAAGUGAAUCACACGAAUCACUCAACCUGAGAUGGUGAAACGAAAUUUAAUGUGACCUUAGCCUUAAGAAUGAAAUGGCACCUUUUCCAUUAAUAAAACUAGGAUAUCUUGCGAUUAGGCAAAUUAGUAAACCUAUUGCAAAUGCUAUUAAAAGAAGGGCCAAAACUCAUCCAUUUUUCAGAAAAUAUAUUUGCAUGCCACCCGCUCAGUUUUAUCACUGGUGUGAGGUAAACAUACAACUUCGACUCAUGGGAUUAGGGAAAACUAAGAAUUUUCAAAGAAUGCCAGACAAAGAUGCUAUUGAGCUUGGUGGUGAGAUGCUUGGUGAAUUCAUUGUAUUUGGAAUGGCUUGUCUUGUUGUUGUAGCAGAAUAUACAAGGGGUGCUAGGAAAGAAGCAGCCAAAGAGGAAAGUCUCAGACAAGAAAAAGAAACUAUCAAUUUAAAACUGGAACAAUUGUUUAGUAUAACAGAGGUUCAAGAAAAUCAGAUCAGAGAACUGCAGAGAUGUGUAGAUAAUUUGACUUUAGAGAAAGAGAAGACUUCUGAAAAAUCUAAUAGUACUAAUAGUAGUUUAAAGAAAAGACUUCUAGGAUAACAAAAUAGACAUUAAUGUAAAAUGUGAAAACUAGGAUUUGUAUGAAUGUACUUUCUGAUUUCUAAUGGCCAUCUUAAUUGUUUCUACACACUUCCCAUAUAUGUACAAUCUCAGUAUAUUAUUGUUUAGAUUUCAGCCUGUAAUAGAGAUCGUUUUGUUGAACUGUGGUAUUUAUAUUGAAAUAAUACAAUUCAAUACACAUUAUUGAAAUAAUAGAACUCCACAUGCAGUAUUGUUUUAUUACAAUUGUUUCUUGCAAUGAUAUUUUCAGAGCAAAGUACAUAAUGUUAGCUAGCAUUUCAUAAAAAAUGUAAUAUUAAUAUCUACCUACAAAAAUAAAUUGUAUACAGAGAAAUUAUUGUCAGAACAAAAAAAGAAAAAUAACUCCACAGUCCCACGUAGGCAUAUUUAAUAAAGGAAACUUGUGUUUGAAAUAUCAAUAAAUCACAUUGUACCAACUGAAAUAUUGCCAUGUUCCCCUUGGAUUUUAUAUUUUUUCUAAGGAUAAUAUUAGUGUAAUAGGCUACAUCAAUUUUUAAAUAUUUUAGCAUCCAAGAAGCUCAAUACAUGAGAGGCAUUAAAUUUGUUUGCUGUUUAAAUGCUUUACAGUCAAAACAUGUUCUCUUACAAGGCUUUGUCAUCUAUAUCAAUAAAGUAGAAAAAGGGGUGCUGUUGUGGUAUGAAAACUAUUUUUAAAAGCAUCAUUUUGUGUAACUAUAUCAUUUUUUUUAAACAAAGGUGUACCUAUUGAUUUCCAUUGUUGAUUCAGACUUUGGUAAAAUAAUCAGAUGAAAGAAAUAUUGCUUUCAUCUUUUCUGGUAAAAUAAUCAGUUGAAAGAAACAUUGCUUUCAUCUAUAAGAAAAUUGUUUUUAUUACAACUGAAAUUAUCAGAGCAUUAGAAUUUAUGUUAGGCUCAUAUAAACAUAAUACACCUAUUGAACAUUAAAAUUUAAUUGAAUAUUAAUACCGUACAAGUUGAAUCUUAAUGAAUAUUUUUUUAUUUUGCAAUGUUGAUUAUUUAACACCUUACAGUUUACAACACGUCUUCCAAAGAUGUACUUUCAGUUAACAUUAUAAAUACCAGUAUGAGAACUUUUCAAUCUUGUAAUGAAAUCAAUGUUACCAAAAUGACUUUAUAGAAGCACAUUUUGCUGCUUUCUGAAAGCUGGCUACUGCCCAUAACACCAUUGCCAACUAAAAGAAACUUCAACUAUCUUAAUAAUUUUUUAUUUUUUUUUUGUUAUCAUGCAUUUCAUCAUGACCUACAUUUUUGUUGGUGAAUAAGCCAUUGUGAGGCUUCAAUAUUUAUUUCUUACUUUAAAAUGUGCAUUGAGCAUGGUAUACAUUGAGACUGAGUAAUAAAUAGAAUGAUUGGAGUGAGUGUUUAUAUAUUUAUAAGACAUAAAUGUUUUUUUUAUGUCAUCAUCCAUGUGAUCCAUGAUUGCUUAUAGUAUAAAAUACUGUUUAUAUAUGUGCCUCAAUUUGAUUUGUAUAUUCUAAGAUAUGCAAUAGAUACAUUUAAAAUGUCAA